AUGUACUCUAGUGUUUGCAAGCAACAUGGAAAUUCUGAUGCUUCAAUAGCAUCCUUUAUAACAACAGGAUUUGUUGGCCAACUUAGAGGCUGGUGGGAUCAUUAUCUCACUGAAUCUCAAAAAUUAGAGAUUCUUAAUCAUAAAAAAAUCGUUAAGAGCGAACCAAGAACUAGUACGAGCACUAUUGUGGCUACAUCCACCUUAGGAGAAGAAGAUGCAGUGUAUACACUGUGUCUCUCCAUCUUACAACAUUUUGUAGGAACCAAUGUCCCCAUUGGAGAAAAAAUCCAGACACUUCUCCAAAACCUUAGGUGUCCUUCUCUCACCCACUUUAGAUGGUAUAAGGAUACUUUUCUUUCAAGAGUUUAUCAAUUAAACAAUCCCAAUUCUUUACACUGGAAAGCAAAAUUUAUUGAUGGAUUACCUCAUUUCUUUUCUGAGAAAGUUGGACAAUCCUCAAGACAGAAAAAUGAUGGGAUAAAUAUAAAUUAUUCAGAUCUUACUUUUGGUCAUAUAAUUAGCACUUAUGUUAAUGAAGGAUUAACUUUAUGUAAUGACAAAAAGCUUAGAAAUCAACUCAAAAAGCAAAAGCUCUCUGAAAAACACCAAAUUGGUGAAUUUUGUGAGCAAUUUGCUUUUGAUCUUGGAAAAUCUCCAGAUAAUAAAAAGAAAAAAGGAAACAUUUUCCGCAAUAAACCUUAUAGGGAUAAGCCAAAAAGUUCUUAUAAAAAUUCUUAUAAGAAUAAGAAAAGGGGUCACUACAAUAAGAGUAUACCUAAAGAAAAAUCCUUUGACCCUAAAGGUAAAAGAAAAGCCAAAAAGCUUGACAUAACAUGUCAUAAAUGUGGAAAACCUGGCCAUUAUGCCAACCAAUGUUGGACUAAAAAAGCUCUUAAUGAGAUAGAAGAUGAACAAUUACGUUCUCAAUUAGAGAAAGUUUUACUUCUCAAAUCUGAUUCUGAAGAAUACUCUUCUGAAGAAGAUAUUAAUAUAAUUUAUGAAUCUUCUUCUGAUUACUCAUCUGAAUCUUAUAACAAUAAUGAUUGUCAAUGCAAUCAAUUAGAUUAG